CCAUUCAACUUCGUCGCCGACGUCCAGGAACGCAAGCCUACAGCCGCACCCACGCCGCCGCAACCACCCGCUUUCAAGAACUCCCCAGGCGGUUUCCCUGCCCAUCGCAAGCGCGACAUCCCAUCCAGAUUCAAGAGGACUAGACAGCAAGAUGUAGCUCCUGCUGCGCCAGUUGCACAACCUCAACCCAGCUUCGAGGAUAGUGGAAACGACGAUGACGACUUCAUGACUACCGAGAGACGGCGCAUAGACGAGGAGAACCGCCAAAGAAUUGCUGAGAUGUCCCCCGAAGAGAUCGAGGAAGAACGAAGAGAACUGCUUUCAUCACUGGACCCAUCCCUGAUUCAACGCUUGUUGGGUCGUGCGACAAUUGAAGAAGGAGUACAGCCGGAAAAGAAGAUACAGCCUGAUGUCACAAAGCCUCGCAAAACUGUAAAGUUUGCUGAGGUGAAAGAUGAGCCAGCAGGCGCAAACGUCGAAGUCACUGCUCAAGAUGAGAAUGGCACGUCUACAAAACAAAAUGAACACAACCACCCCGGUCAUGAAGCAGCCGCUGAGGUCGCUCUUCCAACUGACUCGACCAUCCACUUUCCGCGACCUCCUCAGCCACCAUCUCUCGAUCCUUCAGACCCAAACUUCCUCGAGGACUUGCAUGAGAAGUACUUCCCUGAUCUGCCAGCUGAUCCGGAGAAAUUGGAGUGGAUGACUUCCUCACCUUCAAAUGCAUACUCAGUCUCGCAAACAUCUUUGGAUCCCAAUGAAAUUCGCUUCGCCUUUACCGGCGCAUUGAUCCCCCCAAGUCUUGCGGCAGAGAUCCCGGUCACCAUGGGUCUGCACCAUCACGGUAACGCGCCUGAUGCUGCCGGAUACACAAUCCCCGAACUCGCCAUGUUGGCUAGAUCUAGCGUGCCUGCCCAGCGCUGUGUGGCAUUCCAAACUCUUGGUCGAGUCUUGUACAGGCUUGGCAAGGGCGAAUUUGGUGAUCCGGGAGAGGAAGGUCAAGGUACAGAGGGAGCCAAGGACACGCUCGGAGAACUUGCAAGAGGAUUGUGGUUUGAGGUGAAGAAGGAAAGCGUGCUCGAGAUCUGCCUGGCUGAGAGUGAGGGUAGAGGUGCAGCGGGAGGAAGACAUAUGGGCGCAAAGGCCUACGCGACCGAAGCGGUUUGGCUCUGGCAACAAGGAGGUGGUCGCCGCUGGAAGGCAGAGUAGAACACAUAUGACCAACGAAGUUAUGAAACAAUAUGAUCGAACGCAAGUAGUUGUCGAUUCCUGCUGCGCGAAUCGUGUAACAAAUAGGUGGUGUUGGGCACACUGUUCUUGGGGUUCCUCGAAAUCUCAAUUGCUGAUACGCCAGUUCAACAAUUUCAUGACUUCAGCAC